CGUGGCAACAAUGGACACCCUGCCACCCGGCUCCCGGCUCCUGGAAAAGGCUGAGAAGCAAAGAUAAGGACCGAGGGGGGGGGGAGUAGUGGCUUCCAGAUGUGCAGGGCUGACGCCAUGGAGAGGUGAGGGUGCCCAGCUCAGCCCACUUCGGCUUCCUGGAGAGAAUGGCCAAAGGGAGGCGCUUCAACCCACCCCUAGACAAGGACGGAAGAUGGUUCCCCCACAUUGGGCUAACGCGAAGGAUACCAGAAUCCAUCACAAGUGCUACGUUAAAAGAGCCCCAGAAUCCACGUUUGUCUCGCCAAGUGACGGAGAAGCUACCGCCAAUAUACAAAAUCCGGGAGAAGCAAGCCGUCAACAACAGCUUCCCCUUCUCCGCUCACGACAAUCGGCACAGUCUCGAGAACUCCGGCUACUACGUGGACUCCGGCCUGGGACGUAAGAAGAUCUCCCCAGAUAAAAGGCAGCACAGUUCAAGAAAUUUCAAUCUCUGGACAUGUGACUACGUUCCAUCUUGUCUUGACGGGUUUUCGAAUAACCAGAUAUCGUACGUGUAUAAGGAAGCUAUGGUGGUCUCAGCUUUCAGACGCUUUCCAAGACAUUACAGUGAGAUAUGGAGCACUUUCAGAUUUAUUCCCAAGCGAAGCUAUACAGAGUUUUUGAAAAAGAAGCCAAAAGUAAGGUUUGCUAUUGACAAAAACACUGUUUCUUCACUGGACCCCUAAUCCUCCCAGGAGAUUCUUGAUGAGUUUUGUAAUACUGAUAUUUCAUCAGACAUCUUAAAAGUAUACGUUUUCUGAUCCAGCACUACCAUUUAAUUUUUGAAAUACUUUUAUGAUUUUUAAUAAGAUUGAGAAACAUUCAAAUUCUCAUAAAAUAAAGGUAUAUGUCCAUAAUCCCAUGUGUAAAUAAACUUUUGAGAUUGCCACCUUUACUUUUGGGGGAGUUUUAAAAAUUACGUCCUUAAUACCUGGUUACUUUUUUCAUAUUAAAAUUUCAGGCAAUACAAAGCAAGUAAAAUACCCCCACGAUCGCACCCUAUCUCCCAUCCCUGUCUGUCCUCAGGCGUAAAUUAACCGCUUGUUCUUAAUCUGCAUUUACAAUCAUAUACAUGUGCAUAAAAUUUUGAACAUAAACUACGUUACAGAGUAAAUAACAUUCUACAACUUUCUUUUGAUAUU